UCUUCUUUAGUUGGAAACUAUUAAUCAACAGCAAUGCUGAUAACUUAUUUUGUCGUUAGUUUGCUAGUAAUCAGUGUGGUAGGGCGUAGCGAAUCUGCAACAGUUGACGGACGUGCCGAGUCCGAUCUAGAACAUCUAUUUUCAGGGUACGAAGGGUGUUAUGAGUGGAAAGACCAGUCCCAGGGUGAUGUUAUCAGCAAACGAGAACACCUGCCUGUCACAGCUUGCAUACAGUUCUGUAUAAAGAAGCGCACCGUUUUUGCAGUAACUAAGACGUCCGGCGGUGUGUGUGCAUGCAAGAACUCGGAAGACGGAAUGGAAAGAGUCAACAAUAGGAGAUGCAAAGCGUGCAAGACAAAGGGAAAGAACUGCCAAUCGAAAUCUACGUUUAUGGCUUUCCACACGAAACUACAUACAAUGACGUCAACAGCGGAACCCAGUACCACAGUUACAGAGGGUAUGAUGCCGGAGAGAGAUGGAAACCUUUGUAUAUUAAAACCAUGUCUACACAAUGGCGUCUGCGAAAACAUCAAGGAUGCGCAGUAUGUCAGCUUCCGGUGUCACUGUACAUCCGGGUAUCAUGGACACACCUGCCAAUACAAUGUUUCCCAUUGUUUCCACGGCCUUUGUCACGAGGGCGUAUGCCUGGACACACCGAACGGGCCGGAGUGCAGGUGUCGAAACGGAACUACUGGCCGGCACUGUCAGUUUAACCCCCGAGCACACGAGAAGCUGCUUGGAGAGAGGAGGAUGUUGGCGAUGUACCACAUCGUGCUGGUCGGCGUCGUCGUCGUCACCUUCGUUGUGGUGAUGACUGUCAGCAUCCACUGCUGCCGAGUCUGGACCAGAAGGAGAAGAUACUUACUUCGAUACAACAGAGUCCUCAAGAUGGACAUUGACAAGGACCUGCUGAAGGAGUCGUCUCCCCCUAGUGUCCUGUCCACCAGCAACCAGCUGUGUCUGGAGUUUCUGUGUCCCUGCAGGAAGAGCACGACUCCGGACAUCUACAAGGACAGCCUCGUGGACGAGGUUCUGGACGAGUUUGACGCAAACAAUAACCUUCCUGCUGAAGACAAAGGCGAAAUUCUGACGAGAAUGUCGCAAUAUCUGAAGACGACAAACGAACAGAAGAAGAAACGUCUUGUUAAAGCCAUACGAACCAUGACGCUGACUGGUCCUGGGUCGGUCAAGUCUAAGAUUGUAACCACAAGCGAAACUCCUGGCAAGGAGAGGAUGAAAAAUCCCGUUUAUGACAGGGCCCGAGCUCAGAGAUUCUUCGGAAAAGUCGAUUCUGGACGUCAUGUUGAUGACGUCGAAUCGGCGAGUCCAUUGCUUAAGAUAGUGGAUGACAGGUGGACAGACGCGCCACGUGUGGCGGGAGACGGUGACAGGGCCUACUUAGUGUCAGCCUCUGUGCACAAAGAAGACGACCAUCGCACAAGCUUAGACAAUCACCUGCAGGGUAUUGAAAUGAUGUCACAAAUGACCCCAACUUUCUCAAACCAGGUAGAUCAUUUUGCACUUGAUUGUGACAAGGAACACGAAUAUGCUUCGUCUGUUAGCUCGGUGAAACAGAUGACAAAUCUUCUGGAGGAUACGGAAGUGGCAAUGAUAUCACAGUUACCUAUGGACCUCGUGAGUGAUACAGAUAGGCUUAGUAAUGGAAGUUUCAGUGAACAAGGGCAUGAUUGUUAUUACUGUCAAAGGGAACAGACAGCCAGUCCUGUGCCGGACAUACAAAUAACGUCACGCCUGCACUUGGACGUUCCAAGCAACUCGGAUCACUUUUCUCGUGAUUCCGUUAACGAACAUCAUAAUACUGCUAGUCCAGACGACGAGGAAAUGACAUCACGGGUGCCCCUGAAGGUCCCGAGUAAUAUCGACAGUAUUAGUUUUAAUUCUGUUGGCAGAUUAGAAUAUCAUCGUGCUAGUUCAAUGAAAGAGACAACCAGUCGAACACUGGACAGGGAAAUAACGUCACGGGUGUCACUGAAUGCUACAGCGGACACACAGAGGUUCACUCGCGAUGAUUCUCUCAGCAAGCAAGAACAUUCUGCAAACUUGAAGAGGCAAACGAUCAGUCAAGUGCAGGACGUAGAAAUUACAUCAUCAUGGAUACCCUCGGACCUCCCCAACAGAACACAGCCUGAUGUUUUUAAAUAUCACGAUCUCAACAUUGCUAGCUCAGUCGAAGAGAUGGCUAAUCAUGUACAGGGCAUGGAAAUGACGUCAAAAAUAUCGUCUAACGUCCCAGACAGGAGAAAACGUUUCACCCGUGAAUCUAUAAAUAUGGCAGAUGGGCGGGGAUUUCACAGAAGCUACCCGGAGUUCAUACCUGCUUCUGUGUCAUACGGACACUUGCAUCAACCAACGGUAACUCUGCCCGAUGUUCAUACGUCACGUGACGCAGUUUCCUUCAACGACGCUGCAGAUGCAGCUGCUCGUCAGCCAAUCACAAGAAUUAAUGGACCGAAUGUGACUCACACAGCAUCACUUCCUAGCAUCUGGAAUCAGGACAUGGCUUAUGCAGAAUUACACCCUAGAGUCUGGAACCAGGAUACGACUCGCAUAGAAUCACACCCUAGAGUCUGGAAUCAGGAUACAACUCGCACAGAUUCACAUCCUAGAGUCUGGAAUCAGGACACAACUCAUACAGAAUCACAACCUAGAGUCUGGAAUCAGGAUAUGACUUAUACAGAAUUACACCCUAGAGUCUGGAACCAGGAUACGACUCACACAGAAUCACACCCUAGAGUCUGGAAUCAGGAUACGACUCGCACAGAUUCACAUCCUAGAGUCUGGAAUCUGGAUACGACUCACACAGAAUCACAACCUAGAGUCUGGAAUCAGGAUACAGCUCGCACAGAAUCUCAUCCUAGAGUCUGGAAUCAGGAUACGUGUCAAAUAGAAUCUCAUCUUAGAGUCUGGAAUCAGGAUACGAAUCGUAUAGAAUCCCAAACUAGAGUCUGGGAUCAGGAUACGAGUCGUACAGAAUCACAUCCCAGAGUCUGGAAUCAGGAUACAACUCGCAUAGAAUCACAACCUAGAGUAUGGAAUCAGGAUACAACUCACACAGAAUCAACCCCUGGAGUCUGGAAUCAGAAUACAACUCACACAGAAUCAACCCCUGGAGUCUGGAAUCAGAAUACAACUCACACAGAAUCAACCCCUGGAGUCUGGAAUCAGGAUACAUCUCGCACAGAAUCACAACCUAGAGUUUGGAAUCAGGAUACAACUCACACAGAAUCACAACCUAGAGUUUGGAAUCAGGAUACGAAUCGUACAGAAUCCCAAACUAGAGUCUGGGAUCAGGAUACGAGUCGUACUGAAUCACAUCCUAGGGUCUGGAAUCAGGAUACAACUCGCAUAGAAUCACAACCUAGAGUAUGGAAUCAGGAUAAAACUCACACAGUAUCACAACCUAGAGUCUGGAAUCAGGAUACAACUCACACAGAAUCACAACCUAGAGUUUGGAAUCAGGAUACAACUCACACAGAAUCACAACCUAGAGUUUGGAAUCAGGAUACAACUCACACAGAAUCACAACCUAGAGUUUGGAAUCAGGAUACAACUCACAGAGAGUCAACCCCUAUAGUCUGGAAUGAGAAUGUAACCGAAGAACUUGAGUGCUGUCCAUCAUGUGGACAUACAGUGUCUGAAAGCCGCAUCAAUCAACACUGCUGGAAAUGCCGGUCUGUACGUCAUUUCCCAGAGGACGUUGAGCGGGAACUGGCUGCGAGGGUGCGUGAACAGAGGAAACAUAUACGGAUACAAAAAUAGAGAAGACGAUCAUCGCUCAAGUUUAGACGAUCAUUUGACCAAUCACCUGCAUGAUAGAGGAAUGACGUCACAGAUAUCCCCGACUUUUCCAAACCAGGUAAAGCAUAUUGCAUGUGAUUCUGACAACGAACAAGACUAUGUUUCGUCUGCUAGCUCGGUGAAACAGCUGACCAAUCGUAUGCAGGACACAGAAGUGGCAGUGACGUCACAAUUACUUAUGGACCUUGUGUUUGACACAGAGAGGUUUGGUACUUGACGUUUCAGUGAACAUUGUUAUUAUUGUUCAAAGGAACAGACAGCCAGUCAUGUGCCGGACAUAGAAAUUAAGUCACGCCUGCACUUGGACGUUCCAAGCCACUCAGAUCAUAUUUUGCUCGUGAAUCCGUUCAGUGAAAGAGGCAGUCAGUCGAAUACAGGACAGGGAAAUGACGUCACGGAUGCCCCUGAAGGUCCCUAGCAAUAUCGAACGUGUCAAUCGUAAUUCUGUUGACAUAUUAGAAUAUCAUCCUGCUCGUAUAUGAAAGAGACGGCCAGUCGAAUACUGGACAGGGAAAUUACGUCAUUUCAAUUAUUUUGUUAUAUUAAUAGUAUUACAGAAGGACAGUUACCCGAGUAGAUAUGUUGGUGAUUGUGUGCCGACAUAGGAACAGAUUACAAUCGUACUUUCCAUAGUGAGGGUGAAUAAACUGUUCGAAGGCGCACGUCAAAACAAUUAUUCUUCGAGACAGAUCGUAUUACCGUACGCCAGUUAUUGUCGUUUAAAACUGUUAUUUACUUAUGAUGUUACCGAUAAAAUAUUAGAACUUAUUUAUGUAAUACGAUUAAUUAAAGUAAACGUUUAAUAGAGUUUCAACCUAAUUUAUUAUCUAUUUUUACUUAUUAUUUUUUUUUUAUUAAUUUAUUACGAACACCCAUUCUGAAUUAUUAAAAUUUAUAAAGUGCUCUAAUUUCAUGUUGAUUUUGUACAACUUAAUAAAAUGAUACACCAGCCA